AUGACCAAGCUAAACAUUUCGAGCUAUCGUGAAGCUGGAGUAUUCAUUGAUCAGCACCGAGAUAUGCGUCUCGAUGUAGAUCGUAUGACUUGUGAGGCUAGGCAGCUAUGCUUGUACUUAUUAUGGCCUAUUACUUCGAAGAUUGCUCCAUGCUACCAAAACCUUGCUCCUUGUUUCAAGGAUGUAGACCAAUGUGAAAAUCUAUUAGACUUGUACACAGAUUUCAGAUUAUAUAUCGUUCUCUCUUCUGGGAUAUCUGCUUUGAGUCUUGAUGUUGAUUUUCGGGAUCAAGAAAACAUUGAAAAUCUUAACAGUGGGCACGAAUAUAAUGUAGAUUGCAUAAAGAAAUGGCUGCUCAUAAAGAAACUUGUCCCAUAUGCAAAUCCAAAGCAUUGA